AUGGACGCAGCAGCCUACCUAAUGCGCCACGGCUGGGCCGGCCACGGCAAUCCACUGAACAAAAACUCCCGGCCAGGACCCCACGCCGGCCUAGGCCUAACAAAACCUAUCCUCGUCGCGCGCAAACAAAACAAUCACGGCGUGGGCAAGAAUGUCACCAAAGACUCUGCGACAAAUCAGUGGUGGUUGCGCGGAUUUGAAGAUGCGUUGAAGGGGUUUGGUCAAGAGACAGUUGUCGAGUCGACUGGGAAUGCACUUACGAGUGAAUUGUAUCGGUUUUUCGUGCGGGGGGAGGGUCUAAAGGGGACGCUUGAUGGUAUGGAUGUGAAGAAGAAGGAGGCAGAGAAAGAGAAAGAGAAGAGCAAAUCCAAGAGUUCGAGUUCAAGUUCUUCAAAGUCUAAGAGGAAGCGUGGGGAUGAUGAUGACGAGGAGAAAGAGGCGAGGAAGAAGGCUAAAGCUUUGCGGAAGGAGGAGAAGAGGGUGAAGGGGAGUGGGAAGGGAAGCGGUUCGAGCGAUUCGUCGAGUGAGGAGAAGAAAGAGAGUAAGGAGGAGCGUCGGUUAAGGCGGAAGGAGAAAAAAGAGAAGAAGGAGAAGAAGUUGAUGGAGAAGUUGAAGAGAUCUGAGGAACAGAAUUAUCCUUCGCCUAUGUCGACUGAACAAGAAGGGGAUGUGGAUAGUUCCGAAAGUUCUGAUCGGAAAAAGGAAAAGAAGGAGAAGAAAGAAAAGAAAUCGAGCAAGAAGGCUACUAAAGAGAGUGACGGUGCUGAGAAAGCAGACUCCAAGUCUAAAAAAGAGAAAAAGGACAAGAAAGACAAGAAGUCCAAGAGCACUGUAUAA